CAGCAAUGGCCGCUUUCCGCAGAGUGGCAGCGCUGGCAGGCAAACUAAACGUCUGGCCGGCGGCGACAAAUGAGUUUUUCGGCAGUCAGACGGCCGCUGGAGGAAGGACACGGAGAUGUCUGGCUGUCGGGAUGUGUCUUGCAACCGGAGGCGCCGUGGCUAUUUAUUUGUACAACGAUAUGACGAGCAGCGGAGGAAGGAAGAGGAUGGGGAGGCACUGCAUCAACGGUCUGCUCCCGUCCAUCCCGACCGUCGAAGCCAAGGAGAAGGCACGUCAGUUUGACUUUGACGAUACAGAUGUGUACAUGUCGUCCCAUGAGCAACGUUUCCACAUGUUCAGCUCUGUGGAGUAUGAAGGGCAGCUCUACAUGACGCCACAAAACUUCAUCGAGUCAGUCACCAUGAGCGAACCAAGGAGCAAGAGGCCCUGGAGGUCCCUGACCAAACAGGAGCUUGAGAAGAUUCUGUUAGACACUCCCCCAGUGUGGAGAGGAUCGUCCAAACUGUUCCGCAACCUGAGAGAACGAGGCAUCAUCUCAUAUACAGAGUACCUGUUCCUGCUCUGUAUCCUGACAAAGCCUCAUGCUGGCUUUAAGAUUGCUUUCAAUAUGUUUGAUGCAGACGGCAACCAGAUGGUGGACAAGAGGGAGUUCAUGGUGCUUCAGGAGAUCUUCCGGAAGAAAAAUGAGAAGAAAGGGAGGAAAGGGGAUGCUGAUAAGUCAGCGCAGUUGAGUAUGCAGCUGUAUGGAUAUCAGGUUGCCCCCAUGAACAGCGUGCUAAAAAAAGACAGUCAGGAGUAUGUGGCGCGGAGUUACUGGGACGUUCUGAGGCGAGGUGCCAGUCAAGUCCUCUUUUCUGACCUGGCGGAGCGAGCAGAUGAGAGUAUAACGAUUGACACCACCCUGUUGGUCCAUUUCUUUGGAAAGAAAGGGAAGGCAGAGCUUACCUUUGAUGACUUCUACAGGUUUAUGGAUAACCUUCAGACUGAGGUGUUGGAAAUUGAGUUUCUGACCUAUUCUAAAGGGUUGACAACUAUCAGUGAAGAAGACUUUGCCAAAAUCCUGUUGCGCUUCACCAACGUGGAGAACAUCAGUGCCUACCUGGAGAACGUCCGACAGUGUAUACCUGAUGAGAAGGGAAUCACCUUCGAUGAGUUUAGAUCCUUCUUCCAGUUUCUCAACAACCUUGAGGACUUUGCCAUCGCCAUGCAGAUGUACAAUUUCGCUUCUCGCUCAAUUGGACAAGAUGAGUUUGCGAGGGCAGUGUACGUGGCCACAGGUUUGAAGCUGACGCGUCACUUGGUCCACACUAUCUUCAAGAUCUUUGAUGUAGAUCAUGACGACCAGCUCUCAUACAAGGAAUUCAUUGGCAUAAUGAAGGACCGGCUGCACAGGGGAGGCAGGGGCUAUAAAGCUGUAGAGCGCCACACUUCUUUUAAAUCCUGUCUGAAGAAGGAGCUGGCAAGCAGAUAAGUAUCAACAACAACCAUAACAACCAAGAUCAAGAGAGAAUGUCACAUUAAGUCGAUGAAGUUCAUUCAUUUUUAUGUUAGAAUGAAAUGAUUUGAAAAUGUUUUAAUCCCAGAAUAAUAUAUUUUCUGUAUCAUUCGCACCAUUAAAUGUGGUGUAUUAUGAUGGACUUAUAUUAUGACAGUACAACAAUGCCACUAAUCUACAAGCUAAAGACAACACUGUUGUGUCUUCUGCAAAUAUUUACAUGAAAGGGUAAUUUAACUUAAAAUGUAAAAUCUCUGAUAUCUCCAAUUCACCUGUCCUAACAUAAACAUACAGUGUCUGAACUCAACACCUCAUCCUACUGCAGCGCAUUAACAGAAUGAGUAAAUCUGAAUUAGGCUGGG